GUCAUCGCCGCCUGCAUAUAGUCGAUAGACUCGCCAACAGUGAAUGUAGCAGGUGCUUUCGCUUCUCGCUCGCUCAUCCACGCUGGGGCCAUGGACUAAACACAUCUCCGUUGAUAACACAUCACCCCGCCAUGCCUUCGUCCGAAAAUGGCACGAGCUCGUCGACAGAUCUGCUCGAGGCCAGGAUUCCCGGGGCAUUCCCUGGUGUCAGCCGUCUCUCCAUCUCAACCCACCAAACCCUCUCCCAGGCUUUGCAUGCAAGAAGAGCCGAAUACACGAAACCUCGAAAUGUCCGCAUCAAGAUCGGAACGUGGAAUGUCGCCGCGCUGAAGGGGACCGAGAAGGAUGUUGCGGGGUGGUUUGUUGGCGGUAAGGGCGUCGAGGAGUCAAUCGCGGGGUUCGGUAUAGGAAACCCAACAUCAAAAAGUGACAAGUCGCGAGAAAAUGUUGCGGAACAGGAAGCCCGGAGCUUUAAGUAUGGCCCGACAAUCCCUAAGCACGAUGACGGCGCAGUCCCGGGAGAGGACGAGAUCGGGCUGUAUGCAUUGGGCCUACAGGAGAUCGUCGAUAUAUCGUCCCCGGCCGAGGCUCUCCGUCCCUACACGGACCCCACUGUCUCAAACAGAUUCAAGAGCUCCCUUGAGGAGGCUCUCCCUGAUGGGUAUCAGCUAGUGGCCGAGCAGCAGCUGGUCGGGUUGCUCCUCCUGAUCUACGCUUCGCCCGCCGUUCAUCCACACGUGAAUUCUGUGAGCACAACCAGCGUGGGCACUGGCUUGAUGGGCUAUAUGGGAAACAAAGGGGCAGUGACCACAAGAAUAGUUCUGGGGGAAACAACCCGGCUUGUCUUCAUUAAUGCUCACCUUGCCGCUGGCGCCGACAGGGCAGCUUUAGAGAGGAGGAAUUGGGAUGCUUCACAAAUCUCAAGUCGGACUCGUUUCGACUCUAUCGUUGAUGGGAUGGGUGUUUCGCAAGUUUCGGGCGAAUGCCUGGGAGAAGAAGAUUUCGCCUUUUGGUUUGGCGACCUCAAUUAUCGCCUGGAGGGCAUGCCUGGAGAUGAUGUACGGCGGCUGCUCACGCGGCACACGAGAGACCUAGAUCCUCCUGAUUCUGAAGGACCCUUCUCCACUUCAUCCAAAUCUAGCGAUUCAAGCGCAUCAUCAAUAGCCCCACCAUCAGAUUUCUCGAACCCAAAGGGCCCUGACCUGAACGCCGUUCCUUUACCUCCUGAACUCGAUCCAGCUUCCUUGCAGACUACCAUAUCCUCACUUCUACCGCACGAUGAAUUGCGACAGCAGCAGAGAGCGGGGAAAGCCUUUCACGAUGGAUGGAAUGAGGGUCCAAUUCAAUUCCUACCGUCUUACAAGUACGAUGUUGGGAAAGUGGGCGUGUUUGACUCUAGCGAAAAGAAGCGGUGUCCAAGCUGGUGUGAUCGCAUUCUUUACAGAACAAGAGCAGCCAAGCUUCGACACGAAACUAAAGAGAGAGAACAAGAACAAGCGAGAAUAAUGGAUGAGGAGAUGAAAUCCAAAGGCAUAGAUCAUGCUGGCGACGAUGAAGAAGUGCUUUACGAUUACGAUCCAGAUACCGAUGGCGACACUUAUGAUGAAUAUGAUGAGAACCCAGAACCAGAACCAGAGGCUGUGUUAACAAAAGAAGGAUUUCAGGAUGAAAUUCUCCUUGAGUAUUAUUCUGCUCACAUGCGUGUGCUGUCGUCCGACCACAAGCCUUUGGACGCGGUGUUUGGCCUCAAAUACGACGCUGUAAUCCCAGAAUUGAAAGCGGCCAUCCACCAGGAAGUUGCGCGAGAGCUUGAUCGACAAGAGAAUGAAGGAAGGCCGACAAUCACCGUUGUUGUCGAUCGCCCUGCCGGAAGUGCGUCCCUUGAAAAUAAAGACACGCCGGACACCAACUAUGACGGCGUAGAUUUUGGUGACGUUCAGUUCGCCAAGCCAAAACGGCGGAAUAUCACCAUUGCCAAUACCGGAAGGGUGCCAGCUACGUUCGGGUUCACGGAUCGUCCAGUGGAGGAAGGCCAAUCUCCAGGGACUUUUCCACCCUGGCUGUCAGUCACCUUCGAUAAACAACCGGAUAAGCCCGACAAAUCCUCAACUGACACUCUCCAUCAACAGUAUACGCUCGACCCUGCAGAUGUUCUCAAUAUCGAACUUAGGUUGAAGAUCGAAAUGAUUGACCUCGUGCGGAAUUUGAAUGAAGGCACUGCUACUCUCGAAGACAUACUCGUCCUGCGUGUCCACGAUGGCCGCGAUCACUUUUUGCCCAUCAGAGGUCACUGGCUGCAAUCCGCCUUCGCUCGGUCCAUUAAUAAGCUGAUUAGAAUCCCAGAGGGUGGCAUCCGCAAGCUCCAGCAUCAGAAGCCGGCUUGUGACGAAGGGGUAAAGUGGUCGGCGCCACGCGAGUUGUUUCGGCUGACGGAAGCCAUAGAAGACCUGACUGAGCGAACGCUCGCGGACUGGGAUAUGACCGGCCAUGGCAGUGACAGGGCACCGUGGCAGCACAAUGCUGGCUGGCCCUUUACAAAGGACGCUCGAUACCCUGCAGACAGUGCCCUUGAAACUACACUCGCAAACGUGUAUGAAGUGCUCGAUUGCGAUCAUUCCUUCGACAAGGCAUUCGGCCUCGAGGUUACACCCAUGCAGAGACUGGAGGUCUUAGCAGAGACACUCCUGGAAUUCCUCAAAAGCCUCCAAGAUGGGAUCGUGACGCAGGACAUUUGGAGGCAACUCGAGGACGGCAUCGUAGGGCGAGAAAAAUCGAAACAGCAGCUGUCGGCAGAUGAAGAAAGACUCUGGACCCUCGAGGUGCUCUCUUCUACCCCUAACCACAACGUCUCCUUUGUUCUAAUAACAUCAAUGCUACAACGGGUCGCAAACGAAAUCGCUAAUGCCUCCAAGCCCGACCCCAAGACGCCACGAUCAAGUGUCGACUUGCCGGCUUCCCCGCAAGUGUCAAUCAGACGGAGGACCUUGAGCAAGGUUCCUGAUGUAGCGAUACGGCAACUCAUCAAGCGGAAUUAUGCCACUUUAUUCGCAGAUGCAAUGUUUAGGGCAGCGGACACAGACAAAAUGAAAGACAAGGAGAAGGCGGUCCGGAAAGAGAGGAUGAUUAGGAUAUUAGAGUUAUUUCUGAAAGAGGAAGACGAUUCCUAG